ACGCUUGAUACUACGUCAUCGAACUGCGUCACCGGCUGGUGACGCACUCUGUGCGCGACAGAAUAGACAUGGCAACGGUCGAUAGCAGAGAUAACCUGCUGGGGAUUUCGUGGGUGGACAGUGCUUGGAUUCCAAUAUUAAAUCCAGGAAAUGUGCUUGACUACUUCUCGGAAAGAAGCAACCCCUUUUACGAUCGCACUUGCAACAAUGAGGUGGUCAAAAUGCAGCGUCUCAGCCUAGAACAUUUGCACAACAUGACUGGCUUGGAAUACAUUCUACUACAUGCUCAGGAGCCCAUACUGUAUAUUAUUCGGAAGCAACACAGACACUCUCCAACACAAGUUACUCCUUUGGCUGACUAUUAUAUCAUUGCUGGAGUGGUGUAUCAAGCGCCUGAUUUAGGAUCAGUAAUAAACUCUAGAAUGCUGACAGCAAUACAUGCAGUUCAGUCUGCAUUUGAUGAAGCCAUGUCUUACUGCCGAUACCAUCCUUCCAAAGGAUAUUGGUGGCAUUUCAAGGAUCAAGAUGAGAGGGAUAAAGUAAAACCGAAAUCAAAAAAGAAGGAGGAACCAAGUUCAAUAUUCCAGCGUCAGAGAGUGGAUAUGCUUCUUCUGGAUAUACGGCAGAAAUUCCAGCCCAAGUUUAUUCAGCCCAAAUCUGGAGACAAGCCUGUGCCAGUGGAGCAAGUGAAAAAGGAAACUGAGCCAACAACUGAGACCAUCAAACAGGAGGAAAAAGACUCCACAAAGAACUCACAGCAGAGCUCAAGCACCAAGGCUCCUCCUGAGAAACGAAUGCGACUCCAGUGAAGAGGUGAUAAAUGUCUCUCACUGGCUUGAGUUGCCAAAUCACUGGCUCCAUUGUCGUGAGCCAUUGAACUUUUGGACUUUAUUUUGUACAGAAGUGAAUUUUUUGUGUGCUUUUUAUUUUUAUACAUCAAAUGUGAAAUGGGUUCAUCUCUAGGAGAGGCGUAAUCUUUUCAGUUCUUAAUCCUCAACCUGUUUCAAGAUAUCAUUCGUUCUUAUUGCUUCAGACAUUUUCUGCUGACCAUCCUGCUUCACUAGAUAAGAAGAGGAAUCAGUAUAAAGAUGCAAAGCUGUCAUUUUAAGAAUGACAGUCCAAAGUGAUCAAUCUUAGACUAAGUGAUGAGACUUCUUACACUUGGAAUGAUAUUGAGGAAAUUAAUUGUUAUUAUCCUAUGACACCAUUCUUUAACCAGUGGAUAUCCAUGGGCAGUACAAAUUGGAAUCGCGUCAAUCUACAUGGGCACUAUUCCAACAAAGCUAACAUUUGAUAGCCGUUUAUAAGUAAGAUUUUAUACCAGUAGCUACAGAUUUUCAAUGUGUAUUGAUAAUCAGUGCGGGUGUUUUAUUUGUGGUGUAGAAUGUUCUUCCCACAGUUGUUACUGACACUGCUGCUUUCUGUCUGACUGAGAUUGGGAAUGCAUUUGCUUAGGAGUGUUCAUGCAAGUCCUACCACAGCAUGCAUCUUAGCAAUGCAUUGUGUUGCUUUGUAAAGGUAGAUAAUUAAAAAUCAAAGAGCUCCCCACCUGAUGAUUUACUUGGUAAUGGCAGCUUCUAGAGAAUUGUUAAGCAGGAAGUUUCCAUUUUUGAAUGCGAGCUUUCACUGAGCUACUGGAAUUAACUUUGAGAAGAUCGUGAUGGUCAAGUAGCUUAUGCUAGGAUAAAUUUCUAAGUUCAUAUGGGAACAGGAUCGGUCAGAGGCUGUGAUCAAAAACUUGAGUACUGUUAUCUAUUAGGAAAAUGUUGUGUGGUUAUUGAGAUCUAAUUAACAUUAUUUGAGCAGGAGACAGAACCUCCACAAUCUCAAAGUGGAAAUUUUGUAAAGGCGAAGUUGCUGAACAAUAACUUCCAUUUAACUGGCUCAGACCCAUAUGCUUCACUGCUUGAAGUUUGUACUGUUUACAAUAUCUUUUGCUGUGUAAAGAGUGGAUUGAAUUUCAUAACAGUUAGUGAGUAGGACCCUGAUAAGGAGUAAUGUAGGAAUAAUUUGACCAAUUUAAAUAAACAUCUUUGAAAAAUAGUGUAACUGAUACUUUCAAGUAUUGGAAACAGAAUAAAAAGUAACUAUGAUUCUGUGUA